AUGGAGACUGCAGCGCCCUACCUCCCGUCUCAACAGGAUAGACGACCCAACUCCCAUCUUGCUGUUCCAGGGUCCAGCGACCCAAAUGGACUCCUGAGCCAGUUCCAAGGAAUGUCUCUAGGUGGCAUGGGCAUGCCCAACACCCAUUCCGCGCCCAUCCACAUGGCUCCGCCGUACAUGCUUGGCUCUGAUGGCCACUUCGUUCUUGCACCAGUUCAAGGCUCGCAGACAAUCCCACUUGGUCAUUCCAACGAGAAUGGGUACACAAACUACGCCAAUGGGGCCUUUUCCAACCCAUACAUGGGGAUGCACUUUCCUCUGAUGCCUUUCACUCCUGGACGCGCGAAUGCAGUUCAUACUCGUGCCGAUCGUACGCAGUCCGAAGUCCCCGGCUUGGAGAACCGUCGCAAUUCUUACUCGACUACAGAGUCGGCCCCUGCUACGCCAUUCUAUGCGGGUGGUGUUGCCCAUCAGGAGAAUGGCCCACGAGUUGCAAGCCUCGAUCGAUCGGCUUAUACCACCCCUUCACCCCAGCAGCUUGGAUUGAUGCCUGCCCACGCGGAAGCUUCAAAGUCCAAGCUUUCGCCCAUGUCUGAGCGCGCUCUGGACGAACUGCUGGAGAAGAAGCCCAGCAUCCCCAAGGCUGUGCCUGCGGUCUUUACCCCUGCCGCUCAGAUGAAGGGUGUGGAGCAGAGCCUCCAAAACCCUAUUCCUGGCAACCGCAACGUCUACAUUCGAGGUCUUCAUCCCACCACCGAUGAUGAACUGUUGUACCACUAUGCUUCUCGCUUUGGCCCAGUCGAGACCUCCAAGGCCAUCAUUGAUACCGGCACUGGAGCAUGCAAGGGUUUUGGCUUCGCCAAGUUCUACAACGUUGCGGAUUCCGAGAUGUGCAUCCGCGGAUUCCAUCGUCUUGGGUACGAAGUUGGUUUUGCUCGUGAGUCCUUCAACUCUCGCCUCAAGGCCGAGGGCGACGACAGCUCUACCAACCUCUACAUCUCCAAUCUCCCUAAAUCACUGACAGAAGUGGAGCUUGGAACCAUUUUCUUGGGAUUCACCAUCUUGUCCAGCAAGAUUCUCCGAGACAGCAUGGGCAACAGCCGCGGCGUUGGGUUUGCUCGAUUCGAGUCUCGUGAGGUCUGUGACGAGAUCAUCGAGAGAUUCACCGGACUUGCCCUUGGCGAAGAAGGUCUUCUUAUGAACAUUCGCUACGCCGACACCCCAGCUCAGAAGGAGCUGAAGCGUGUGACCGCGGAGCGUCGUCAAUUUCGAACCAAUGAGUACAACAUCGGAGCCUAUGGUACCCCUCUGGUUGGCCUGAAUACUCACAUGUACUCGUCGUACCAGUCACAGUACCAUCGCUCCAACAACUCUAGUGCCCGGUGCGGAGCAAUUCCUUCUGCCACCAACACCUCUGGGUCUGACGGGAGCAAUGACACUCGGCGAUCUGCAUCUCAGCGCCGGUCAAUGGAGACGGCCGCUAGCUCGAGCCUAGACGAAGCAAUUGCUACACCCACAUCGUCUGAAUGUGAUGAGAACGUCACUAUUCACGCGGACACUGUCAUUGCCAACGCCUCGCUCCACUCGUCCCCGUCUGUCAAGAAGGAGAUCAAGAAGGAGACCAAGAAGGACAUGAAGAAGGAGGUCAAGUGA